CAGAGGUCCCGCAUGAAUAUGUUGAUAAAAGAUGCUUAUGUGAUCAUAGCUCUUCCUUGUCAUUAUAGACAAGAUUCUCUAGUAUAAUCCUCUGCACUUCUUGAAUCAUCUUUUCAGGUUGUAUGAAGCCUUUCUUGCCAAGGUUAUCAUUCUGGAUUUCAUAAGAAACAUGUCAUUUUUACUUGUCCUUUUAGCUAAUCUGUAUUUGCAACAAUUAAUCUUUUUCAUUUCUUUGAGCUUUCUAUUAUUAUUAUAAUAAUAGAUCGAAAAUGAGAUCUGAAAUGUUGAUGCAAAGUGAUAAUCUCAUAAAGAAUAUUUUCUUAUGAUAUCACUUUACUCUCCUCCUUAUCCUUACAGAAAAUUCUAUAGUUCUCUGCAAUUCUUGAUGUAUUAUUUGCUAUUGUAAUAGUCAGGUUGUGUGAAGCCCUUUCUAUUAAGGUUAUCAUUCUGAAUCUCAUAACAAAUAUCCUCUCCUUUCUUCCUCUCUUUCCUUUUUUAGUCAGUCUGUCUGCAAUUAUUAUUUUUUUUAAUCUUUUCAAUCUUUCUAACAUUCUGAUGAUUCAUCAUCGAGUGUGAUCCCAAAAUUGAUCUUCAAAAAUCUCACACAAUCACAUUCAAAAACAGCAGUGACAGUUUCAUUAGAAACCCAUUGUAGAAUUUAUCUGUAGCAUACUUUUAGGGUUUUGAAACUAUGAAUUCACGGGGAGAUUUGAGCUUCAGAGAUCUAUAUCUGAAACGCCUUGUUGGGGCUCUGGAUGCCCUCAAAAAGCCCACCAACAGCAAUCCAGACUGUGAAGAAAAAGUUGGUGGCUCAAGUCGCAAUAUAAAGCUUGCAGCAGAUGUAUCGCUCGCCCUCACAGCAAACCGUCCAGCGUGGAGCCGUGCCCUCCUCAACAGAAUUUCUAACGAUGAGAAAAAUAGGCCUGCUCUUAGAAAAAUUCUGGGUUCGAAGAAAUUUCAAGCAGUAAUAGAAGAGAAUGCCCGAUACAAAUCUAGGCUCAAGUUGCAUUCCAAGCCUAAAAAAAUCCAUAUACACAAGCACAAGACAUCUCAUGGGUCGAAAGCAAGUCAUGUUUUAUCAUUAUACAGAAUUUUCCGAUCUAAGAGAGUCGAUCCUGCAACCUCAUCCCAGGAAAGUUCCUUUAACAAGCGUAGAAGGAAGUUGCAGAGACUAGUUCCAGGUGGGAAUUUAAUGGGCACUUCCUGCUUGAUUAGAGAAACAGAAGACUACAUCAAAUCUCUGACAGCACAGGUAGAUGUUCUACAAUCUCUAGUAAAUUAUGUGGACAGUAGCCAAAAUCUUGUUUAGAAUCGCUGGCCAUAUUUUUUGUGCCAGGUUCACAGUCAAAUGGUAACAAUAUCUUAUCUUAAUUUAAUUGUUACCUGGGUAAACGAAAUCUGUAACAGUUUUUACUAUUUUGUAAUGAUUUGAGGUCAAAAUAUAUUUUGAUCUGCUAACCUACAUAAUGGUUAAAUUGGUUACUAUAUAAAAGUACUGUAGAUCCCUAAUAAAAGUGGCCUUCUUAUGUGACGCAUUGUAGAUAUUUAUCUGUUGAGAGUAGAUUCUUUUUUAAAAGGAAACCAAAAAUGUCAUUAUUCUUCAAUUUACGUUCUUCCAUGGGAAAACUUUGUUUC